CCAUUCCCAGCGAGCACGCAGGAUCCGCUCCUGGUUUUGCUGCUCCGCUCAUAGCAGUCUUAUCGCUUCCCUGACUCUCUCAACACUCCAGCAUUGCUGUGCAAGCAGAUGUUCCUUCUCUGGUACCAAUUCUUACAAUUUUCGCAUUUGGAGAAGGUAUUCUUUCGCGGGAAGGCUGCAAAGUGACGGGACACAACAGAAACUGCCCUCCUCGGUCCUGUGAGGGAGAGAGAAGGAGAAGGAGAGUUGUGAGCGGAUAGCGGCUUUGGACAAAUACACUACAGUCAACCAGCGGCGGCGAGCACGGAAGCAGUUUAUUUACCACACCUGUGAUGCGUUGUUCUGAGCAACGAAGACGCACGGCCGGGAUACUGAUGGGCACGGCACAGCGAGAGGAUAUGUGCUGAGGAGAGAAAGGACUUGGGCGUUGUGAAAUAAAGGCGUUAAGUGCUACAGAGGUCACUCUCCAGAGAGCUUUAAAAAGCUCAGUGUGCCGCUGUUUCUUCUCUGGCUCUGUUUUUUGUUUGUUUUUGUUUUUGUAAAAGUUAAAAUACACGAAGAUGUCCUUACUUCUGGGCCCCUUUGUCCGCUGUGGGUUCAGCGCCACGCUCCUUGUGCUCUGGCUCGUCUUCGCUGGCUUCACCUGCACUGGCUCAGAGCACACCGCUACAGCAACACUUCCUGCUGCCUUCUCGGACCUGUUACCACACUUCCUGGUGGAGCCAGAGGACGAGUACAUUGUGAAGAACAAGCCGGUGACGCUGACCUGCCGCUCCACCCCGGCCACGCAGAUCUACUUCAAGUGCAAUGGCGAGUGGGUUCACCAGGAUGACCACUUGAUUGAGCGGACUGUUGACCCAGCCACAGCGCUGCCGGUCAUGCAGGUGACGAUUGACAUCACCAGACAGCAGGUGGAGAAGGUCUUCGGUCUCGAUGAGUACUGGUGUCAGUGUGUUGCCUGGAGCACCACCGGAACCCAGAAGAGCCAAAAAGCCUACAUCAGAAUUGCUUACCUGAGAAAGAACUUUGAGGAAGAGCCGCAGGGUAAAGAGGUGGCGUUGGACCAGGAGGUGUUACUGCGCUGCCAUCCCCCCGAGGGAGUGCCACAAGCUGAGGUGGAGUGGCAGAGAAACGAGGAUGUUGUCAACCCAGCGAGUGACCCCAAUUUUUUCAUCAUGGCUGACCAUAGUCUCAUCAUCAAAAAAGCCCGACUGGCAGACACAGGCAACUACACGUGUGUGGCCAAAAACAUCGUUGCUCGCCGCAAAAGCACCUCGGCCACAGUCCUAGUCUAUGUCAAUGGCGGCUGGUCCACGUGGACCACCUGGUCGUCCUGCAGUGCCGUGUGUGGGCGUGGCUGGCAGAAGAGGAGUCGGAGCUGCACCAACCCCACGCCACUGAAUGGAGGCACAUCCUGUGAGGGGCAGAACGUCCAGAAAAGUGCCUGCGUGGCCACCUGUCCAGUGGACGGAGGCUGGAGCGAGUGGAGCAAGUGGUCAGCUUGUGGCACGGACUGUUCGAUGUGGAGGACCAGGGAGUGCACCCAGCCCUCACCUGGUACUGGGGGCAAAGAUUGCCAGGGGCUCGACCUCCAGUCUCUCAACUGCACGAGCGAGCAGUGCCCACAGACUGUGAGCGGGGCCGAGGACGUGGCUCUCUACGUGGGCAUGGUGGCGGUGGCUCUGUGUCUGACUCUGCUGCUCAUUGUGGUGGUCUUGGUCUACCGGCGCAAGAAGGAGGGCCUGGAUGCCGACGUGGCGGACUCCUCCAUCCUCACCACUGGCUUCCAGCCCAUGGGCAUAAAGCCCAGUAAGCCAGGUGUGUGGGCACCACGGCCACGCAGGCCUCCCCCCCGCAGCAAGAAUUCUCAUUUGCUCACCAUCCAGCCUGAUCUAACUACUACCACCACCAGUUACCAAGGCACCCUCCGCUCUCGCCACGAUGCCGCUGGGAAGUUUUCGAUGACCAAUGGGCCCCUGUUGGACCCUCUUCCCAAUGGCUCACAUACGCUGCACAAUGGCAAGCUUAACUCAGACCCCAGUGAGUUUGUGAGCAGGUUGUCCACUCAGAGCUACUUUAAAACUCUGCCCCGUGAUGUAGCUAACACCUCCUAUGGGACCUUCAACUUCCUGGGAGGGAGGCUGACGAUCCCCAACACAGGAAUCAGUCUGCUCAUUCCUCCCGAGGCCAUCCCCAGAGGGAAGAUCUAUGAGAUUUAUCUCACUGUUCAUAGGAAGGAAGAUUUAAGGUUACCCCUGGCGGGCUGCCAGACUCUGCUCAGCCCGGUUGUGAGUUGUGGCCCUCCAGGGGUGGUCCUGAGUCGGCCAGUUAUCCUCAGCAUGGACCACUGCUCUGAUGCAUGCCUCGAUAACUGGGCCAUCCGCCUCAAGAAGCAGAACUAUGAGGGCGCUUGGGAGGAUGUCGUACUGAUGGGGGAGGAGCUGGUGUCUGAGCCCUACUACUGCCAACUCGAGGCCGAGACGUGCCGGCUCUUCUCAGAGCAGCUGGGCACCUUCGCCGUGGUGGGAGAGUCCCUCCACAUGGGUGCUGCCAAGCGCCUGAGGCUGGUGCUCUUCUCCGAUGCUUACUGUUCAACACUGGAGUACAACAUCAGAGUGUAUUGUAUGGACGACACACAGGACGUCUUCAAGGAGGUGAUGCAGAUGGAGCGGCAACUCGGGGGUCGGCUGAUUGAUGAGCCCCACGUCCUGCUUUUCAAAGACAGCUACCACAACCUGCGUCUGUCCAUCCAUGACAUGCCCCAGGCCCACUGGAGGAGCAAGCUGCUAGCCGGCUACCAGGAGAUCCCAUUCUACCACAUCUGGAAUGGUUCCCAGCGGUACCUGCACUGCACGUUCACUCUGGAGCGGCUUAGCCUCAGCACCUGUGAGCUCACCUGCCAGCUGUGUGUGUGGCAGGUGGAGGGGGAGGGGCAGAGCUUCAGCCUCGACUUUAACAUUGCCAAGGACACCCGAGCCGUGGACACUGAGUUUAUGCUAAUGGACAGUAAUGCCACAGCUUUGGCAGGGCCCAGCGCCUUUCAGAUCCCAUACCUCAUCAGGCAGAAGAUCUGCAGCAGCCUGGAUGCUCCCUGUCCCAACGGAGCCGACUGGAGAAUGCUAGCACAAAGACUUAAACUUGAGAGACACAUGAGUUUCUUUGCAUCCAAAGCGAGCCCAACCUCUGUGAUUCUGGACCUGUGGGAGGCACAACAUUUCCACAGCGGCAACAUCAACCAGCUGGCCACGGUCAUGGCUGACAUCGGUAAACAAGAAGCCAUGAUAUUCCUGGUCUCUGAUGGCGAGUGCUAACCCAGAAAAGGGGGAGAGACUGGUGCAGCGGAAAAGUACGAAACACAACAACAACACACACACACAAAAAAAAAAAACAAUAACUGCAGCAGGAAUCAAAGAGCAGAGCUGACCGUGUGUCCCUCUUCGUUCACUUCAGACAAAAGUAAAAAGUUUAUCUAGGUUGAGUCCCUAAUUCCAAACAGAGUACAAAUAUUUAGACAGACCAAAUUAGGGUUAGGGAAUACUUUGGUUGUGUGAGGAAAUGUGUCCAUGAGCUCAGUAAGGAAAAUACCCUUUAUUUUCCAUCAAAGAUUGAAGCUAAAUUAGUUAACGCCAUGGUUUUACUUAAAGGAUGACAUUAAAUUAACUCCAUGCCUUUUAUAUAAUUAGCCCAUUACUGGCUAAUAAGGAGCAAUAUGCAAAUGUGAUGCUAUAACAAAUGGCCAAUUUAUCAAAUUCAAGGAAUCAUUUUUGAAAAUCAUUUACUUUUUAAAUAAAAAUGGAUGUGACAAAAGGUGCCAGUCAUUUCAGGUUCAAGAGAGCAGGCGACAUAUGCAAUCGGCAGGUUUGUUUCAACGUUAUCUCUGACACUGAGCACAUUUUCAGCAAGGUCAUCGGAGUCCGUGAGCGUCCCCUCCCAUCCGUUCCCAAACCCAGCGACACUCACAGACGUAUGCCUAAUAUGUGUGUCAUUAUCUGUUUCCUAAAACGCACGCAUGCACACACACACACACACACAGAAGGCUUGUAGCACAUCCUGGACUUGCAGGUUUAAAAUAGAUUGUAUGUCAGAGGCCCAAAAACCUGUCUUAUCUUGUUUGUGUGUUGUUGUUUUUUGUUUUUUUUUUCUUAGUCCAGCUGGUAUCACUACUGUGAAUGUAACGUCUUGACAUCUUGAUUCGGUGAAACUCUUCGCAGCUUUCCUGCUUCAAAAUCAAUAUAUGUGGGGUUUGGGUUCUUUGAACUUUUUUGAGGGAGGAGUGAGUAAUAUCUUCACUAAAGUCAUAUUUCAGAAGCCAUUUCUUUGGAAAGCCUGUGAUUUUGAUCCAUCAAGUCUAUAUUACAUCUUGCAUUAACCCAAUCGUUCAUCGUUGUGGCGUUUUUCUGUUUCAAGUUCCAUAGCUAAUGAAGGAGCCAUAGGGCCGAAAGGCGUUCCAGCUGCAUAUAUGUGAACACUGAAUGUCGUCAAAUCUCAUUUCUGAAAUUACAUUUUCCUCCAGAUUACAUUAAUUCUGUAGCAGAGAGGAUGUUAAACAUAAAAGCAUGGCCAAAAGGGUUAUUAUCCUGUAUGAAUAAUGCAGAGCACUUUCCCACAGAAGAUCUGACAACAAAUUCUUUCACUUGCAUUGAAAGAGUAGCUGUGCAGCUUUGUUUUUAUAAUUCAUAAAGCAAUGUUGAUGGGAAUUCUUUAUUUGCUGUGUUGCAAAAGAAAAGUAUUUCCACAUCAGAGAAACGCCUAUCUCUCAGAGAAAGUUUAGAGUGGCUUAUACAUAACGUCACGCCUGUGCUCACAAAAGACACUUUGAAAGGAUUUUCCUUUGUUUUAUUUCUAGCCAUGCAACAAAUCAUUAACUACACACUUGCUUAUCAUUAAUUAAUCAUGAAUUUACACUGGUGUUUUUUUUUUAUUGUUAUUAUUAUUGUUAUUAUUAAUAGAUCUGUCAGGUCAGGCAACAAAGAGUACACACAGAGUAUCUUUAAGUCCAGUGGUUCAGCAAUCAUUCUUUGAAAAGUUGUGAGCAAUCCCAAACUAGCCAUAGUUCUUUCUCUGUCUGCCUCAGGGUUGCAUGUGAAGUUAUCUGUUAAAGUUCUAAAACAGAGCCCCUUUUCGUCCAGUUCCUUCUUAUCCAGACAGCUAGUACAGUCCACCCGACCAGCUCCCGUGGCUUCAACCUUUAACACUGACCGGAGCCUCUUUUACGAUUGUCAGAUAUUUGGAAUGUACAUUUUAUGUUUCCUUGCAGUGGGUGAAAACUGUGUCUUUCUGCCAUUCCCUUGUUUUAGCAGUUAAUUUGUUAUUUGUGUGGCAUCUCGGCGCUCGUUUGCUCCUGAGCCUCUUUUUGAUCCUACACAACGCGUCUCCUCUUCACCAACACCUUUUUUAUAAACCCUUGUUCUAUUUGAUGUAGAGAUGCCAUGAAAUCAAAAUUGACCUUUUUUAUUCGCUUUAAGAAACCCUUGGAUCAUACCCCUUUCUGACAAAAUGAAAAUAUCACCUUAAAUGAAUCUUUUCAUGUUGAAAUGGAUCUUCGUCACGUGUCGUGUAAAUACUUUUUCUAUACCAGCCGUGUGCUGUCACUUUGCAUACUGUAUAUCAGCAGAAUUGGUAACCAAAGUUUUAUGAAUAUCAUUUGAGGCCACUACAUCCUCAUAUUGUAUCCAUUAAAUAUUGUUUCAGUGUUGUUUUACUUGCAGCUAGUAUAGAGUAAGUCGGAGUUGCUGUCUCUUCUAGACCGAAGUCCAAGUCAUUUCUUUAUCUCAUUUCCUUGCUUUUGUCUUUGAGGCAAGUUAAUGCUGUUUGUUCAAGCAGUGAUACAUGUCGGAUUAUUUUAUCACUUUGUAAAGAAAUGUAAAAUAUAUUUUAAUAUGAAGCCAAAAAAAAAAAAGACACUUAACUGGCGCAUUUGUCAAGUCUAAACCGUGACGUGUUUGCCUAUAUACUGUUCUUUGGCGAUCUAGCAGUGAAGACUUUUUGCAGUGUUAAGGGUUUAGAGACCGUUUCACAGGAAGUUUCUAUACAUAUUUUGUUCAUCCUUACUCUGCAUAUGUCUGCUUGAUUAUUUCUCUAACUGUAAGCAUUUAAAUACAAGGUGGAAACAGUCACUAAUGCUUAGUGGGUCAGUACUCUGGGACUGCGUGGAGGCUAACUGAGAAAAAAAGAAAAAAUGAGGACAUCAGUUCUUGGACACUGACGAGCCAGUGUUGACGCAGCAUGUUUUCGAUGAGCCAUGGCAGUUGUACAGUCAGACUGUGUGUGAAACUCGAUCACCCCUGUCAUUGUCUUGGAUGUGUUGUCUAAGCACAUUUCAGUAAUGGAAUUCACCAGCCGCCAGGAUGUUCAGCAUCUGUCUUCACAUCUAACUUGUCCAACAAAUCUGCAAUUACUGUGUGUGUGAGAUGAAUAUUGUUCCCUCCAUGAUGAAAUCUUGGCCUGACGGUUGUGUGUUUGACUCGUGUUGGUAACAUAAAUGCUUUGUUAUUUGGGGGGGAUCGUUAUAUCUCACAGCUGUACUUUCUGUGUCACUCAUUACUGUUCAGUGUCAAGUACGUGUGUGUGUGUGUGUGUGUGUGAGACUGGGUGUGUGCAUACCUCCCUGUCACUCUGACUGAACUGUUUUUUGUUUUUUUUUCUUUUGUUGAACUAAGAACAAUAGACUUCUGUACUUGUGAAUGGUUUUUCUAUUUAGUUCCUUGAUUCAAUGUUCCUUGCCUUUCUGCAAGUCAAAAAUGCUGUAUUUAUUACAUGCCACAGCGCUUAUGCAAUUGUAUAAUCUUUUUUUUUUCCUUUGUUUUUGUUUGUUUGUUUGUUUUUUAACCUUUUGUGUUCCUUAUCGUUAGUGUAAAUUGUUGUCAAAACUUUUGUGGCAAUGGAAAAACUUCUGCUAAGGGAGAUUUUCUGUACUUUUUUGGACAAUGAUAUGAAUUUGUGGGUAGAAUUUUGGAAAUUCGUUUCUAAGUGCUUUCAAGUAUUUACUUGGCCUUAUGUAUAUAUAUAUCUAUGACAUUUCAGAAAGGUAUGUAUAGUAAUUCAACCUGAAUUGUUGUAAAUAAAUUAUAUAUUGUUAA